GGCCUGAGGACACCGAGCGAGGAGUUGGCCCCAGUGAGAGGGACCGAUCCCCGUGGGGCCGCCCGUGGCGGGCGCCGGAGCCGCUCCUCCCAAUGGCGAAGACGACGUACGACCUGCUUUGCAAGCUGCUCCCGAUCGGGGACUCGAGCGUGGGGAAGACCUGCGUCCUUUUCCGCUUUUCCGACGAUGCCUUCAAUACCACCUUUAUUUCCACCAUAGGAAUCGACUUUAAGAUCAAAACUGUUGAAUUACAAGGAAAGAAGAUCAAGCCACAGACAUGGGAGAUAGCAGGCCAGGAGCGAUUUCACACCAUCACAACCUCCUACUGCGGAGGAGCAAUGGGUAUUAGGCUAGUAUGUGACAUCACCAAUGGUCAAAGUUUUGAAAACAUCGGCAAAUGGCUUAGAAACAUAGAUGAGCAUCCCCAUGAAGAUGGGGAAAGAAUGUUACUAGGAAACAAGUGUGAUAUGGACGAUAAAAGAGUUGUACCUAAGGGAGAAGGAGAACCGAUAGCAAGGGAGCAUGGUAUUAGGUUUUUUGAGACGAGUGCAAAAGCAAAUAUAAACAUUGAAAAGGCCUUUCUCACAUUAGCUGAAGAUAUCCUUCGAAAGACCCCGGUAGAAGAGCCCAACGGUGAAAAUGUAGAUGUCAGCAGCGGAGGAGGCGUGACAGGCUGGAAGAGCACGUGCUGCUGAGCGUUCUCCGGUUCCGGUUCCGUCGGCCAUCCACCACCCUGUGUUCUCUUCUGGCUGCAAAAUAAACCACUCUGUCCAUUUUUAACUCUGAACAGAUAUUUUUGUUGCUCAUCUUAACUAUCCAAUCCACCUGUUUUGUUCUUUCAUCUGUAACUGCUUGCUGACUUUAUAAUUUUCUUCAAACAAAAAAAAUGUAUAGAAAAAAAAAAGAGUAGCUAUAUGCUAAGGAAUUAACCCUUCGCAAUAUCAAAAGGUUUCCAGUUUCCCAUUAGGUUGUAUAUAAUUCAGGGGCAGUUAAUCCCCAUCGGUAAUAUAAAGUCCUUUUAUUCACUGCAAAUACACAAUGUGCCAGACGUUUAGGCUUGUUUUCUCUCCAAGUUUCUCCUACUUAUUACAUAUUCUGUUUCAUGAGAGCAGCCCUCCCCGAAACGCUUUGCGAA